CCUUUGUAUAUCUCCAAUAAGCUGUCAUGGCCUGUGGCGUACAAGGGAAAUUCACAACUUAAAGAAUUUUUGAAUUAAUUUAAAUAUGCCAGACUCAUAAGAACAACUGCAUUCUGUAUUCUAGGCUACAGGCAAGAAGUAGGCCUAAGCCACAGAGGAACUUGUCUUAAAUCUAGCUGUGAGGCUGGUGCGCUCGCUGCUCCUUUAAGCGUUUGGAGGGAGGGGGUGUGAUCUGCCGAUGGGAUGCUUCUCUUUCAGGGCGGCAGAUGAAGUUCUACUCGCUCUACUCGCGCACUUCACCACAGCUGAUCCACGCCGAUAAGAGAUGAGUACAUCCUGAUUUUAUCUCCUCUGACUUAACAAAAAAGAAGGGGAUCGCUGUUUUAAGGCGGUUGAGUUUUUAAAAACUGAGCCGGCGAGAUAGAGAAAUAGCCUAGGUAGAUAGGCUAGACAGAUAGAUAGUGUAGAUAAAACAGGGACGAGAUAAAGAGAUAGGGACCGUUCGGAGGGAGAGGAGGGGACGGAGAGUGAGGGGUGGGAUCUUCUAUGGAGCGUGUCUUGUCCUUGAGAGCUCGGGACAACACCGAUCGUAAAAAGUGGAGGCGCGUGCGGGAGGGUCAGCGUGGACUCUCUGAAAAGUGAAACAACUCACUUCCAUUAUUUUGGGAGAGAGAUGAUUUAUUGCGGCCAAAGGCGGAUCUAGGGCACCUUCCCAGUUGUACGGACCAGCCCAGAGAAUAAACAGAGGGGGAAGCGCAUCCCGUUUAAUCCUCUUACGGAAGAGAAUACCGUUCGUUUCAUUUCAAUCCUUAAAUAAAGUGGAACUCUAAUAUCUGGCUUAUACAGGACUGAAACGAAAUGACGCACGUCUGCAAAUGUAACCUCAACUGCCCCACAGAUCAUGGUCAGAGAUGAAGACGCUCCAUCGUCCCUCCCCAAAGUGGUAUGUCACCCGGCUCCCAGACACCUGCGUCAGGCCCGAGACCCCCCAUGUCUUCUGCUUCCCCCGGCCAUCUUCGGAUGAGAGGAUAUGAUCGCCUACCCACAAGGGCUGGAGCCGAGUGAUGGUGCAUGCGAGUCCACGGAGAAAUGCGUGUUUGCAAUACUCAGUUUUGCGCUGAAAAUAUUUAAGCACAGUAAGCUAAGCGAAUCACAACAAUUAUAAAACAAGAGUAUAAUCAUUCAUAAACUAUUUUUUAUAUCAAACUAAAGUUUUUUUAAGUGUCAGCUCCUCACAAACUAUAACGCAUUCAAGGUUCAGGGAUCUGCUUGUUGGGAGAACAUUUAUUUUUUUCAGAAUGGAGACAUUUUUUUCCAGCCUAAAUAAACAUUGGAUUUCAUGCUGAUAACGUCCACGAGGGACACGACAGUGGCACCGAAAGCCUUUUACCGGACUCACGGACUUGGACCAUGCCUAUGGUCGAUCCUAGUGCCAUGCUCCCGCAGUUGCUGCUGCUUUUGCGCUGCCUCUCAUUGACUGUUGGCCAGUACAGCAGCUGCAAGUCGCUGGUUAGUACGGACGAUGGCCAAACAUGGGAGUACUACGCUUGUCAACCCAGACCCAUGAGUAUGAAGCAGUUCAUGCGGGUCAAAGUAGACCCGCCCGGUAUCACAUGCGGAAACCCACCGGAGCGGUUCUGCACACUGGAGAACCCGUACCUGUGCAGUGACGAGUGCGACGCCUCCACCCCGGAGCUGGCCCACCCCCCCAGCCUGAUGUCCGACCCCGAGAGUAGCGGGCCGCUCACCUACUGGCAGACGGUCACCUGGAGCCGCUUCCCCGAGCCCCUCCUGGCCAACAUCUCUCUGUCCUGGAACAAGAGCCUGGAGCUGACCGACGACAUCCUCAUCGCCUUCGAGUACGGCCGGCCCACCAUCAUGGUGCUGGACAAGUCGCUGGACAAGGGCCGCAACUGGCAGCCGUACCAGUUUUACGCCGACGACUGCCUGGAGGCGUUCGGCAUGCCGCCCAAGAAGGUGCAGGAGCUGUCGGCGACCAACGUGACCCGGGUCAUCUGCACGGAGCAGUACUCGCGCUGGGUGGGCUCCAAGAACGAGAAGAACGUGCGCUUCGAGGUGCGGGACCGUUUCGCCAUCUUCGCCGGCGCGGGGCUGCGGAACAUGGACAGUCUGUACACGCGCAUGGAGAGCAUGAAGGGCCUGCGAGACUUCUUCACCUUCACCGACCUGCGGCUGCGGCUGCUCCGCCCGGCGCUCGGGGGAACCUACGUCCAGAGGGAGAACCUGCUCAAGUACUUCUACGCCAUCUCCAACAUCGAGGUCCCCGCCAGGUGCAAGUGUAACCUCCAUGCUGACCAGUGCAUCAGCCGCGACGGGACCCUGCAGUGCGACUGCCAGCACAACACCACGGGCCAGGACUGCGCGCGCUGUGAGAAGGGCUACAAGGCCAAGUCCUGGAAACCUGGCUCCUACCUGCCCACGCCCAACGGCUCACCCAACACCUGUGAAGCGGCUGGUUCGGUUGGCAACUGCGAGUGCUACGGCCACUCGAACCGCUGCAGCUAUAUUGAUUUCAUCAACAUUGUGACUUGCGUCAGCUGCAAGCACAACACUAGGGGGCAGAACUGCCAGCAUUGCCGCCUGGGGUACUACCGCAACGCCUCGGCCGAGCUGGACGACGAGAACGUGUGCAUAGAAUGCAACUGCAACCAGCUGGGCUCCCUGCAUGCCCGCUGCAACGAGACUGGCUUCUGCCAGUGCAGAGACGGCACCGCGGGGCAGAAGUGUGAGGACUGCACCUUCGGUUACACCUGGAAACAGGGUUGCAUCCCUUACGUGUGUGAUGACGAGCUGCUGCUGUGCCAGAACGGCGGGACGUGUUUCCAGAACCAGAAGUGUCUGUGCCCGCCGGAGUUCAAGGGCGUGCUGUGUGAGCAGGCGCGCUGCGCGGGGCAGAAGGGCUGCAGCGGGGCGACCUCCUCCUCCCUCAGCCUGGGCGCCGCGCUGCCUGCCUGCUGA